GUGGGUGGGUUGAAGGAGCCGGGAACGGGGGGCGCCUCUUGCUAGCGGCGGCGGCGGCUGACGAGGAGGAGCCAUUUUGGGGCCUCUGCCGGCGGCGUGAGGCCUGUCUGGGGUCGCGGAGGUGCCCGCCCCCGCCUGGGCCUGCUGUGACUGAGCAGACGAGAGGCAGGACGACCCGAGACGCGCUGCUCAGAGUGUGUGGGACAAGAAUGAGUUAUGCAGAAAAACCUGAUGAAAUCACAAAAGACGAGUGGAUGGAAAAGCUCAAUAAUUUGCACAUCCAGAGAGCUGACAUGAACCGCCUGAUCAUGAACUAUCUUGUUACAGAAGGCUUCAAAGAGGCAGCAGAGAAGUUUCGGAUGGAAUCUGGAAUUGAACCCAGUGUUGAUUUAGAGACCCUGGAUGAAAGAAUAAAAAUUCGAGAAAUGAUCCUCAAAGGUCAGAUUCAGGAAGCCAUUGCGCUGAUAAACAGUCUUCAUCCAGAAUUGUUAGAUACAAACCGGUACCUUUACUUCCAUUUACAGCAACAGCAUUUAAUUGAGUUGAUUCGGCAGCGUGACACAGAAGCAGCACUGGAGUUUGCUCAGACGCAGCUAGCGGAGCAAGGAGAGGAAAGCCGGGAAUGCUUGACGGAGAUGGAGCGCACACUUGCCCUGCUUGCGUUCGAUAACCCAGAGGAAUCACCUUUUGGAGACUUGCUCAAUAUGAUGCAGAGACAGAAAGUUUGGAGUGAAGUUAACCAAGCUGUUCUAGACUAUGAAAAUCGUGAGUCGACACCCAAGCUGGCUAAAUUACUGAAAUUACUACUGUGGGCUCAGAACGAGCUGGAUCAGAAGAAAGUAAAAUAUCCCAAAAUGACAGACCUCAGCAAGGGGACAAUUGAGGAACCCAAGUAAAAUGUGCAGGUGGACACUCAGAACUGCACAGUUAUAUACAUUUUUAAUCAGUCUGUGACUGAAAUAUUUUUACUACAGUUCAGGACUUUGCAAUUUGGUUGUGUGUGGGGUUUUUUUCUUGGCAAGCAUACUUAACGGGAGAUGGGUCCCUUUUUAAAUGCAGCAGAUCAGCAUUGAAAAGCAUUGUAUCACUUUGACCAUCUGACUUAGGCUAUGCACUGUCAUAACAUUCUAACACAAAACAAAAACAAGUCUCUCUCUCUCUCCCCCCCCCCUCCAUACACACACAUACUGUGCUGAAGGUUUGUUAUGUCUGGCUGCAGAAACACAUUUUGUUUACCAGCGGAUUAAUGUUGAAGCUCUUUGCAACUCUCCAGUUAACCUGUCUCUCACUUGAAUAUUGACUAUUUUCUGUGUUAAUUUAUAGCCAAAUAAGCAUUCCCUAUUUAUAAACUAGCAAUUGGUUGAAGUGAUCAUUUUGUAAACCUCAUGGUGAUGUUGUUUUUCUGCAUAGAAUAUAGCAUAGUAAGCUUGUAAGCUGUAAUUGAACAUAAUUCCCUUGCUUUUCACAUCUUGGUGACUUAUUUAUACGGGGCUGAAUGUUAUAUUCAUGAUGGGCCUAAUUCUCUCUGAAGUAUUGCUGACAAUAAAGUCUUUUUAUUUUAUAGUUUCAAGAAUGACCAAAAUAUUCCUCUGAAACAAGACAUGGUAUCACUUGGUAAUUAGGUUUUCUUUCAUCAGAGUUGUUUCAUUUCUUCAAAUACCAGCUGCAAUAAUUGCAUUGGUGUAGGUACAUACAUUGGGGUAGGUGGGCAGGUAGGAUGACAGCUACAUCCUUACACCCAGCAAUGUGUGUGUAGACAGCAUAAAAUAUGCAGUUCUGUUGUAUGGCUGUGACCAUCUCGAGUUAAAAGGAAUAUCUGACUUAAUGCUGAUCCACUGAAAUAGCAUGAAAGUUCUUGGGUUAUAAUUUAUAAUAAUUAUGGGAGUUAUAUUAACAGUUUCCUGCCUUGGAUAAAUAGAACUGCGAUUUUACAAAUCUCCUUUCUUGAAUUCCAAUCUUUAUCCUGGGGUAUUGUAACUACAGUGAUGUGUUAGGGUUUUAUUUCCACUCCAGAUGAAGGAUCUGUAAUUCCACGAGGUCCUUCUCGUUUGGUUGCUGCAUUGUAAUUUUUUAAGGUGUGAGAUGCUGCAUAGGAAGUAUUACUGCCUCAAAAGGAUACUCAUUUGUUCAGAUGUUUAGUAUUAACUAACAAUUACUAUAUCUUAACACUGUGACCCCAAACACCCAUUCAGUGAAGUUCCCUGCAGGGCUGUUGAGGCAACUGACAUAUUCAGUAGGAAAGCUGUUAAUGCUAUGGCUGUCUGGCUUCUGUAUAUGCAAAUCUAACAUACACACCAACCUCCCAGGCAAAUCCUAUGUGAAAGCAGCUUUUGUAUUGAUUUGCAUAAUCAAUUCAGUAGCCAUUCAUUGAUAACGUAAAUUUAGUGGGCAUGUGAUAAAUCUGUUUAAUAAAAUUAUUUGGUUUCUAGCAAACUUAGUUAGUCUCUGUGACUGACUACUGGAAUAAUGAACUUUGGGCACUGUCUAAUAGGAAUGUCUUCCAAGCAAGCCUCAUGGAAAAAUACAGAAAUUGGUUGGGAGAGGUUCCUGUGGGACUGUUCCCAUAGUCACUGAUGACUACUCUGAAUAUUGGUUGUGUUUGUAUGAAGCUUGACUCUAGAGAAGGCAGCUACGUAAGUGUAUUGGGAUACGUUAGUUUAGUCCAGCUGAAUUGCUGGAUACUGAUACUUCUAGAGUUAGUCUUCACUGCAUAAAGCCACACAAUUUUAAGUUGUUGCAAAACAACCUAGUGUAGUGGUUACCGCUACUUUAGUAUUAUUGGCUAGCUUUUCUUCCUGAUGGGUGUAUCCUGUUAACUGAGCUGUAGCUGCAUUUAACUGACUGAAAACAAUUGUCGCCAAGUUUGACAUUCGCAAUUUGUGUGAUAUGAUUUUUUGUUUUAAGAACAAUGUGAAGUAGAGAAAUUGGAAUGGGUCUAAACUUCUCUCAGAUAUGACUGGCUUUUCUUCCUGUUCUUAGUUGUUGAAUGCAAUCUGCAGGUUUCGGAAACCUGUACAGUUUCAGCGUGAAGUUGAAUAGAUCACUUGUGUAACAAAUUGCAUUUUUCUGCACCAGUAAUACUGCACUGCAAUCUUGCUUAAGAAGUUUCCGAUGUGUUUAGAGCACUAGGUUUCUUCUGUAAGUGCACAGAUAACUGGAAUUUCCAUUAGCUUGCUCAAUUCAUUUAAUUUGAGCCAAAUAUGUGGGUUUCUCCAAGGGGUUUCAAUUGUAUCAGUUUAGAUUUAUUUUAGUUGGGUUUUGUUGAAACAUCACACGCUGAAGCAGCUUUAAUCUGUAAAGUUUUUGAGGUAACUUGAGAGAAAAUAUUUAAAAAGGUAUGAAAGAAAGCUAUGCAUUUUAGAGAAAGUUCAAGGGUGUCAUCCCAAUGGUACUUUUAGGGAUCUUUAUAUUCAUGUGUAUAUAAAAUAGUUUGCAUAUGCAAAAUAUAAUAUAAUCAGUUUGAAUCCUCAAAUGGGGGAGGCUGUGAACCAUAACUUAUGAAAUAUUGUGCACAGGAAACAGCCCUCACUACAUAAAUGAAUUUGUCAUAUGCAUGAAAAAUGUCUUACUUGGUGGCUAUGGAUGAACGGUUGCAAUUUUGUUAGCUCCAUAAUGUUAGAUCGCCACUCUUAAUUGCUUAGCAUUAAAUACCACUUUGAACAAUA